AGAAACACAUCCGCUAAACUACACUUCUCAGGGUUACUUCCAGCGGAUAAACAACAUUACUCAAUACUUUUACUACAAGACAAAGAAGAAACAAUCACUUCAUGUGUUGACCACAUACUGCAGUACCACAAUUUAUGUGACACAUGCCACAUGCAGGGUAAUUCAUUUACUUGUGAAAGGACUGGUUAUCUGAACUGGAGUUUGACCUCAUGUGCGAGGUCUCUUUGGAUCAACCGUCAAACCAUCGGACUGUGGUUUAGGAGGCUACAAUAACAAUCAUGGGUGAGUAAACAUCAAUAUCCUGUGAGAGCACAUUGCUGCAAGUUGACAAAAUUAAUUAUCUUACAUUGUUUUCUGCUUGAUUUCAUAUUUAGGAACUGUCCCACUUCAGCGUGUGUGUGGAUUAAUUGUAUUAUUCAGUGGAUUUCUGAUAUCAUUCACGCCAUCCUGCGAUGGAGGAAAUAUUUUGGUGUUCCCUGUGGAUGGGAGUCAUUGGAUCAAUAUGAAGAUCCUGUUGGAGGAGCUCCAUGCCAGGGGACACAACCUGACUGUGAUCAGAGCCGCCAACAGCUGGUACAUUGAUGAAAAGUCUCCACUCUAUACAUCCAUUAGCCUCCAUAUGGAUGUGGGUAUGGAGGACUUUUUUGAUGUGUUCCUAAAGGAAAAUAUCAGGGUAAGUCUGUUUGAAUACUUUGCAUUUACUUACCAACUAAACCUGAUUUUCCACCACUAUUUCUCUAACUUUUAUUCCAGGUACAGAGAGAGGGCGCUUCAUCACUCACAGUCUUCCAACUCAUCAAGGAUUUUCUCUCUAUGAUUAAGCAAGCUCAUGAGUUGUGGGUUGAUGCUGUUGCUCGAAUCUUUGAUGAUGAGAAGAUGGUCAAAAACUUACUGGAUGCCAAAUAUGAUCUAGUUCUCACGGACCCAGCCAUUGCAUCAGGAGUUGUGCUAGCUAAGUAUCUCAAGCUGCCCAUGGUGCUAAAUGUUCGCUGGAUCCCUGCAGGUGAAGGUCACUAUGUGAUCGCCCCGACACCUCUCUCCUAUAUCCCAUCGCCAGGAUCAGGCCUCACUGACAAAAUGGACUUCAUCCAGAGGAUUAAAAACAUUUUCUAUCACAGUGUUGUUGAGUACCAGAUGAGACUUUUGGCAGGGCCAACAUAUAAUGACCUCUGUGGAAGAUACAUUGAAGGUGGAUGCAGCUUGAUGUCACUUCUUCAGGAAGCAGACAUUUGGCUGUACAGAUCAGAUUUUGUAUUUGACUUUCCACGACCAACAAUGCCAAAUGUGGUCUACAUAGGAGGCUUCCAGUGCAAACCAGCACAGCCUCUGCCAGCAGACCUGGAGAAGUUUGUUCAAAGUGCCGGAGAGCACGGAGUGAUCAUCAUGACUCUAGGAACUUUGGUUAAUGCUCUCCCCGAAGACCUUGCAGAAGAAUUUGCCAGUGUGUUUGCCAAGAUGCCACAGAAGGUAAGAUGUGAUUAGUGAUUCGUUACGAAGACAGUAGAUGAAUAAAAAGAUUUAAAUGCUUGGUCGAAGAUAAUGUGACAAUUUACCUAUUCCUCAAAAUGUCCAACUCCAAGUAAUGUUUACUCCUAAUAUGAGACGGAAAAUAAUGAAAGAUCAGAAAUGGGUUUUACAUAACCUCAAUACGACCACAUGACUUUUAGACACACGCUGAUCAAGUUGACCAAAAAAAACACCCUUGAUGGCACAUCAUUUGUUUGCAGUGUGCAGGGGUCAUGUGGGUUGAUCACAGUUUGUAAAGCUGCUUUUGCCAAGUUAAACAGGCAAUAGGGUCAUAAGCCAAUUCCUGAAUCCAGGAUGAUUGCGUCUGCGCAAACUGGCGUGUUUACAUGACGGAAAGUCAUGAAAAGCAUGUUUGAGGUUCAUCAAUGGUGUUCAUGCUCAAUUGUUGAAAAUGGUUUAUAAAGUCGUAUGUCAGACACCCUACUUUCUUCUUUUAUUAAAAAACCUGCAGUUAGACUGUCAGUUCAAAAUGUUUCAUUCCAUUUUUUUGGUCAGGUGAUAUGGAGGCACAAAGGGAAGCGACCCUCUUCUUUGGGCAACAACACCCUGAUAGUGGAUUGGAUGCCACAGAAGGACCUCCUUGGCCACCCACAGACCAAAGUCUUUGUAGCACAUGGAGGCACCAAUGGAGUCCAGGAGGCCAUUUACCACGGUGUCCCUGUACUUGGCAUACCGCUGUUCUUUGACCAGUUUGACAACCUGUUGCGCCUGAAGGACAGAGGAGCAGCAAAGAUUUUGGAGUUGGCUGAUGCCAACAGCCAUAGUUUUGAGCAAGCCCUCAAUGAAGUGCUUCAUCAAGACAGCUACAGACAGAACAUUCAGAGGUUGUCACGUUUGCACCGAGACCAGCCGAUGGCACCAAUGGACAAGGCCGUAUUCUGGGUAGAAUACGUGAUACGCCAUAAAGGGGCUCCACAUCUUCGUACAGAGGCCUAUAAGAUGCCCUGGUAUUCCUACUACUUAUUAGAUGUACUGCUUUUCAUGAUGACUGUGGUGACUGUGCUGCUGUACUCUACGUUUGCACUUUUUAGGUUCCUGUGCUGCAGACAAAGAAGAAAGACUAAAUCCAAGUUACACUGAUUGGGGGCAAAUGAAUCAAGAAAUAUGCAACACUAGCCAUAUGUUUAUAUUUCUUCUGUCCUAUUAAAAUCAUUCCAAUUAGAGAUUAGAGCUUCACUUUUUAUGUGGGUGCUUAAGCAAUUAGUCCAAAUGAGCUGUGCAUGUGCAUUUAGCUAGGAUCAAACCAUCAAGACCAGUGCAGUGUUGUGUUUUCUGCUAAAACACUGACUUAACAACAUUGAAGAAGAAGAGCAAGCUGUUCCAGACAAACAACCCUGUCACUGCACACCACCAGACACUGCUCCGCCGCUUGUCCCCUCAAUGUGCUCCAGACCUUUCCUUCCCUCUCUCUCUCAUGUGUCUGUGUCUUUGGAUGCCUGUAUUUUAUUUAUUUUUACCUUUGCUGGUCUAAAAUGGACCUACACCAUUUAUGCAAAUCGUACUUGUGUUUCUGCUGUUCUCCCACAUUAAAUGACCACCCUUCACUGUGAACUGGACGUAACUGAUUUUCUGCAAAACUUUUCUUCCCCAUUACUACAUAAUCCUCCUUUUGACGAGGUACGGAGGUACAGGAUUACAGAGAGUCCUACAUUCAGUAUGAAAAGUGGCCAACAAGGCUAGACAGAUGCCAGUUUAGCUAAUCAGGUUGUAUGCAUUGAGCUUAUACAAAAGGGGUGUGCAGAAAGAUCUUGACAUAUGUUAUGUAGACCAGACAAGCACACUAAGACAUUUUUUCUUUGACCUAAACUUGAAUGAUAUAAUCAGAUCGAGCAUUUUCAUGGACAUUAAUCCAACCACAACAAUAGCAUGCAGCAUCCCUCUGGCUUGUAAUGACAUAUCUUUUCUAACGAACAGUUUGGCUUGUCACUUCAGACUGACCAAGCAUUUAUUUUAAUUGUAAAUGUACAUGUAACCAGUUCUCUGAUGUGUUUUAUUUGAUCAGAAACUGGUUUCCUAAGCUAUUUCAUUUAUAUUAUUUCUACUUUAUUGAUUAGUCAAACAGCCUUGAAAUUAUUUGAUAAUGAUAAACAUCUAGAAAAAGUCGUAAACUGUUUUGUUCUAAAGACUUUAGCUUUAAAGGACCCAGAUAUGACAAUAUUGUCUGAUAUAUUUGCAGUGCUAAACAUGAUUUUGUAACUUUCUUGCAAUAAAACCAAACUUUUAAACUA